CGACCUUCUUCUGGUGGGAAGCGCUGGAGCUGUCGCGCAAGCUGAUUCUCAACGGCAUUGUGCUGAUGAUCCCUGAGGAGCGCGCCUUUCUUCGACUCGUGGUGGCGGUCCUGCUCUCUUCCUGCUACUUGACGGCGCUUGCGGCAACGCAACCGUAUCGAAAGUUUGAGGACUAUGCGCUGGCCGUGGCAACAAAUCUUGUGCUCCUCGCCAACUUCGUCUUGGCUGGCUGGUGCUCCAUCUUCCUCGGCAUCGAGGAUCGCUCCGAGGCCAUCGCCCUCUUUGGCUUCAGCAGUGACGAUUGGAUUGCGAUCACCAUGCUCAUUUUCACCUUUGGCACGACCUGUCUCUUUGUCGUGCUCGCAGCCGUGAUCGGCGCCAUCGCUGCCAAGCGGCGGCGCGAGCGCAACCAGGUGCUAGAGGAGACAAAUCGCGCGCUCGCAGACGCCGCGCUGGAGAUGCAAGGCGUGCAGUGCACCUUCCUCUUCCUCGACGCAGACGUGAUCCGCUCCGGGCAGUUCGAAGAGGCUGGCUACAAGACAACGCUGCCGCGGCUGCAGGAGAUGCAGGCAGCGCACCCGGAGUGGAUCCAGCGGCGAGUGCUCAAGCGGCACCUCGCAUAUGGCCGCCACGCGUACCGAGGCAGCAUCCUCGCCGUGAGCCACCGCUGGGAGCAGCCCGACGCACCCGACGCGAGCGGCGCCCAGCUGCGGGCGAUCCGCGAGUACCUUCAGAGCCCGGCCGGCCUCGAGGUGAGCUUCGUCUGGUACGACUACUGGUGCAUGCCGCAGGGCAAUCGAACUCCGACCGAGAAAGUCGACUUCAAGAGGAUGCUGCAGAAUGUCAACCUGCUGUACCUCGGCUGCUCCGUCCUCAUUCUGCAGGAGCUCUCUUACCUCUCCCGCUUCUGGACGCAAUUCGAGGCGUGGUGCAGCAUGCAGGCGGCCUCAGGAGGCGGCCUCGGGCCGGCGCCCGCCGCAGAGCGGCGCUGCACCGUCGUCCCUAUCCACCAGGCCACGGAGGGCAUGGCGUCCGAGCUCAUCAUGAUGUGGGCGAGUCGCAGCGUGGACGAGGCGAUCGACACGCUCGCGAGCCCGGAUGUGACCGUCACGAACCAGGCCGACAAGGAGCUGCAGUUGUACAAGCUGCGAGAGCUCGAUUCGCUGGUACAGGAGGCCGUGGCGCAGUGCGAGAGCGAGGCUGCCCACCCAACCGUGGUCGAAAUUGCACCAGACGGCAGUUCUAGCAAUCAGCAUCUUUGAGACGAGUACUUUCAGUCCUGUACGUCCAUUUCCCUCGUCGCCCUCCUCGCCCUCCUCGAGCACGCCGCGGCCGCUCUGGCGCCGGCUCUGGCGGCGGCGGACGGUGCCGAGGGGCAG